AUGGAGAUUCAAGUGCAAGACGCGGAAGCCGCAAGGCAACUCUCGAAUCAAGACCAAACUGAAACUCACCCGGCUCUUGAUAAUCAGGCUACGGAUGAAAGACAAGACGACUAUGGACACGAAAGACAAACCAAAACGAAGAUCCAAGACGAAAAAGAUGCUCGAGCGUCAGAGUCACUACUUCAUACAUUUGAAGAUGAUAAAGAGGCCAUCACUCCCGCCCAUGGACUAGGAUCCCGCGAUGCGCGCUCCCAGCAACCAAUGGAAACGCACAACAAUGACACAGAUGGACCAGAAGUCAUAUAUCUAUGCGAUCACCUUGGCUCUCGCUAUGUCUUUCCGUUCGAGCACUGCUCCUCAAAAGAGGAUAUCGAGCCACUUUGGAAAGAAAUCUACGCAGAAACAGACAAAAGCUACCUCGACAAGAUCAAUGAGGGAACCUAUAAGGUAGAAAAUGUCAAAGGCGCUAACAUCUUGCCGAGUGCUUGGAGUAAGCUUGUCACACCCGGUUCGACAAUCCGGAUCGUAUUUGUCAAUCGCUCGGCAAAUUCUCCACAGUCAGGGCCGCCGUUACGGGCUCAUCUAGGAGACACCAUAGAAGGUCAUGGGACUGGUGGUCCCAGAGUCUUGCGUACUGUUACUUUUGAAGAACCACGGUCCGUAUCGCCAUCGUCAAGAUCAGAAACCGCUGCCACUGCAGAAAGCGAUCUGGCUGGAGAUGUUUUCAAAGAUGACUUUUCGGGAGAGUACUCUACCGAUUACGAGUCUAGUGAAAGCGAGAUGUCGAGUAAUGAGGAGAUACCGACUCCAGAGGACUACAUACAUUCAUCGGUCCCUCGCUCCAUCGCGACUCCAGUUGACGCUGAGGGCAAAGUGCUUUCAUUCCAGGCGCAGAUCAAGCAGCCAAGACGCAGCAACAUGCUAAAUCACGACUUAGGGAUACAUGGAGAGAAGAAGGCAAUACGUAAAAGUGAUGUUGAAACUUGGAAGAUCACGAAGGCAAUGAUGACAGAGUUUGAGGGCCGAUAUGUACUCCAAAUUCAUACAUUACCCGGCCCAGAGAAUGCUCGGCUACAGGAAGGUGUGAGAACAACAUGGUAUCACAUUCAGGCUUCGCAGCUCGACUUUGAGAGAUUCCAAGACGUUUGUUUGGCCAUACCAGGCCUUUCAGACCGGCUGCUGGCGCGCACUCGCGCAUUAUUGACAAAGGUUUAUACGGAGAAAGUCAAACCCUUCUUGGGUGGAAGAUUCAUUGAGCCCGGAACUGUCCUCCGAGUCGAUGAUCCAGAUGGGUCUGACUCUCAACCUGUCAUUUUCAGCUGCGUACCAUAUCUCAGUCUCGAGCCACCAGAAAAACAAGGCUCAGAGGCGAACAAGUCUUGUUUUCCACCUCAUACCCUCAUGCAGGCAAUGUAUUUGUACGAACCAGUACGAGAGCGAGAUGAAGAGCAGUCUUGCAGGAAGUUCAGCGAUGAUCGCUCUGGUAACGUGGUCCAUGUCCCUAAUCUGUGGAUGAUGAAUAUCGGACCUGGUGUAGUCGUAAGCCACGGACAUCGACCUCUGUCCUCAUAUAUGGAUGGGUCUAUCAACGUCGUUCAGGAGAACAUCAAGCCAACCAGUAGGCAAGAUAUCACAAAGAACCCCCUGACAUCAAUCACUAUCACUGAUCAAGGUGGUCAGACACUCAUGUUUCCUGUUGGAAGUUGCAGGUCCUACUUCCAGCUAGAAGCAACAGCCUACGAGCUUGUAAACAACUACAUGACCAAAGCUGGCAUACCGGAAAGCAAGUUCCAUCUACGAUAUGAGACUUUGAAAGAAAGCACGACGAUUCUUCCUGGAGACUGGAGGGAAAUUGUCAACCGAGCAGCUGAUCAUGUUGCAAUCAACAUAAAUAUAUCAGAAGGCCCAGAGGAUGAGAAGUCAGCGAGAGAUUCUCUCAACGGGUCUACGUCAGCAUCCGCGGCUGCAAGGUCUACGACGUCUAUACCACCAUUUUUUCAUUGGCCAGAUCCAACUCGCAAUAUUGUACACCAAGGCGCAAAAAAGCCUACAGCUCUGGGAAAGCCUGACAAGAAACCGAUUACCUAUCUGGAGCAGGUGGAAGCGGCUAUGUUAUCGGAGACCCUCGAUCCCUUAGAAACGACAGAUCACGGUGUCGAUAACGCUUUCACCUCUACCGACUACUACCGGUCUUUGCCAGAGAGAAUGCAAAUGGAAUUCGGUGAUAGCUUGUCCGAUCUCAAAAAUCGCGUGGAACUAGCAAAAAUACCGAAACCUGGCGCUACGUUCCACCAAACCGUCGUUGGCAAUCAACGCAUUGGCAUUCUAGAGCAAUCGAUCGAACUUCUUAAUGUUGUUCAGGAAACUUUGAAGCUAUGGGUGAGUGACCUCGAUAGCGCCUGCGUUCUCCGUAAACUCUCGGGCGCUCUGGAUAAUGUUAGGGAGUGGGCAGUCAUCAUCGAUCAACGCGGUUCUAUAGAACACUAUUUUGGCGAAUACUCUGAUACCAACCGGAAGCAUCCUGCUACGACGGAAUGUGCUUGA